AUGCUCUACUCUUAUUUGAAAAGAAGCACUAGAGCUGGUAAUGGCAUCCCUGCUUUGUGUUCCUGUGAACAUCAAGCUUUACUUCACGAGGACGCAGAGAAAGCUAGUCACUUGGCUAAGCAAUACGCUUCUGUUUACGCGAAAGAAACCCCAUUUAGUGACAGAGCCGUAUCCACAUUUCCAUCUUCCUUGGUACAGGUAGAUAUUAACACUGAUUCUGUGAUGAAACUUCUUCUUCAGUUAGAUCCGUAUAGCUCACCCGGACCUGAUGGAUUGCAUCCUCUGUUCCUCAGGACUGUGGCUGAGUACAUAGCUUCCCCCAUAUGUCAAGUCUUUCGUCGCUCACUAGAAGCUGGCCGUCUUCCUUCAGCUUGGAAAGUGGGUAUCGUCAAACACAUUUACAAAGGAGGAAGUCAACAUGAUCCGGCCAAUUAUCGUCUAAGCUGUUUGACGUCAGUAGUGUGUAAAGUUAUGGAACGAAUCCUAAAACAAGCUGUUACUCUUCAUCUUGGGGACAUAAUGUUAUUUCUUUUGCCCAGCAUGGGUACAGAAAAGCACGCUCCUGUACCUCGAACCGGCGCGUUGCUAAGGAGACUUGGGCAAGGUCACUAG